AUGGCCUGCGAAUCGUGCAGAUUACAAACCCGGACGCUCCUACGCGCAGCAAUGCGCACGUCCUCCAGAGCCGCCCCUACGAGGACCCUGAACUUUCUACGACCGACAAGCUCAUCGUCCGCCGUACCGACACGAUUCUUCAGCACCAGCCCGCAAAGACGAAUCCUAGGCAUAGGCUCCUCACUAGGAGAAUCAUACCGCGUACUAGGCGCCUCCGAGAAGCUGUACAAGCUGUGCGCCCAACCCGCAGACUAUCACAUCACCGAAGAGGCGCGCAACAACGACCAAGUCGUGCGGUUAGAAGACGGCGAAGAACUAGGAACACCCAUAGACCCCGACAAUGUCUGGCACAAGACAUUCGGCCUGCAACCCAGCUUCAGCACCUGGUCCCACGUAACCAUGCUGCAUCUCUACCUCCUCCAAGCACGGGUCCGAUGCUUCGAGCGCGACACCUUCCGCAACUGGCAGCAACAGCUCGUCGACCACUUCUUCUUCGACUGCGAAAAGAAGAUGCACCUCGACCACAGCAUCACGUCCAGCGCCCUCCGCCAGCGGUACCUGAAGGAUAUUUUUGUCCAGUGGCGGGGGCUGCUGCUCGCGUAUGACGAGGGCCUCAUCAAGGGUGAUGCGAUUCUUGCGAGUGCAGUUUGGAGAAACUUGUUCAAGGGGGCGCCGGAGGUUGAUCCGCGGGCGUUGUGCGCAAUCGUCGGGUGGAUGAGGUCGAGUUUGGCGUCGUUGGAGGCGGCGAGUGAUGUGGAUUUUCCGCAGAGGGCGGGCGAUAUCUUGGGGAAGCCGGUGGAUGUGUUUUGGAGGAGGUUGGAGGAGCCGUUUAAGAAGGCUUUUGAGGGGGAGGUUGCGAAUGAGAAGGCGUAG